AUGAGUGUGGUUAAGAGCUUUUGGGGAAUUCCUAGGGUGGAAUACCUGGGGCAUAAGGUCUCGCACAAUGAACAGGAGGCGAAUCCGAAAGAUCUGUCCGCAUUGACUGAUCUAGCCUUUCCAGGAUCACUCAGAGCUAUGCAAUCAUUCUUGGGAAGUCUGAAUUUUUAUAGCCGAUGCAUUGACGACUACGCGAUCUACGCGUCGGUCCUGUAUGAAUUGCGCGAAAUCGACUUUGCUGCGAUGACGAAGGAAGCUACUCGAGCGCGGAUCCAACAAGUACUGGAAGUGGAGGACGCAGAUCAAGGAUCGCAGGAAGAUCGGGGUGUUGACCACCGAAAGACCUUGGAUCUGGAGGCGCCCAACCUUAUUGAGGUGGAUUCGCGGUGGAUCCAUGCCCAUCGAUCCUUCAACGUGCUUAAAACCAGGAUUGGUACCACUCCGAUCCUACGACAUUUUGACCCAGAGCGGAAGGCCACAGUAGUGGUGUACGCUAGCGAUUGGGCCAUCUCGGUAGCGUUGAUGCAAGAAUACGACCAGAUCUACUAUCCCGUGGCGUUUGCAAGCCGUACUCUGAAGUCGAACGAACUAAACUAUGGCAUCGCGGAGAAAGGGUACUAG